AAUAAAAAACCAGUAGUAUUUGAGGGAAAAAUAUUGUCUUGCUGCUGUUAUAAUAGCUGUGGAGUGAGAAAAAAAUGUCAUAACGUUUAAACCAAGUGGUUUGAUUUUUUUUUUUCGGAAGAAUCUUUACUUCAACAUAUUUCUUUCAGUGCAUAAUGUAUUUACAGAAAGAUUAAAAGCUACAAUGUGAAUUGCUAAUAUUGAGCUGACGAAUAGCAACAUUUAAGUAAAUGUUAAAUUCAAGUUCCAAAGUGGUUGAUAUUUUUAGAAGAGAAAAUUCCAUUAUUGCACCUUUUAGGAACAAGGAAUUAGAAAAUGGCAUUUUUCAGAAAUUUCCAACAGAAUCUGCCUUCAGUGUCCUCUCUGGUAGACACAAUCAGUAGUGCUGUAGAGAAUUUGACCACUGCUGUUGGGGAGGUCAGCUAUGCUUUAACUGACUCAGUUGCUGAGCAGGUAACAAGUAUGAUGAGUGGCUUUCGCCCAGAAGAGGAAAGCUCUGUAGCAGAAGAAGCUGUAGACAGUUCUAAACAAAAAAAUGCCGGGUUAACAGAAGUCUCCAAAAACACUAAUUGUCAGAAAACACAAGCCAAUUUAGAGCAUAGAGCAAAGCAAAUAAAUACUUGUAAAACUUCACUAAAGCAAGAUCAAGGAAUACAUGAAGAAAGAGUAUUUAAACAUGUUAAUGAUAGGCAACAGACUCUAUCAGAAUAUCAAGACACUGGUAAUACUGGUGAUUCUUCUUUGAAAGGCUACAUGAAUAAUGGUGGGAUAUCAGUUAUCAGACAGAAUACAAGGGCUGGAUCUAUUUGUCAAGAACUUGAAAGUACUGACAGAUGUAAAACAAUUGGAGUAGGAAUUUCCAAUAAUGGUAAGAAUGAUUUAAAGGAGGUAGGAUAUCAAGAAAUGAAAGGAAAUCAGAAGAAUGCCAACGGAAUAAACAAAUUGUAUGAGCAAAAGAAAUACAUUGGUACAGAUAAUUGUAAAAAGGAGGAAUGUUCUAAAUCUCGACGUGUAUAUUUGGGAAGAGAUCAAGAGAAUAUGGGGCAUUUCAAUAAAUGUAAACAUCUUCCCGAUUUAGGGCAUUCAGAUCAUUUAAAGAAAGCUGAAAAAUGUGUUAAAAGUAAAGCAUCCAAAGGGAAUGAGUGUUCAGGAAAUGAAUGUUCUUUAAAAGAUAUUUUGACAAGCAAUAGGCAUAUGACACAGAAAUCCAUUAUAAAAGAAGACAUACAUCCAGCACCAUCAACUAAUUCUAAAGAUAAGUUAUCUGGGAAAAUUGAAGAGCAAAUAAAUUCAACGAAAUACUGUAAAGUGAAUGAAGACAUAAAACCAAAGAAAACUGAGGCCAUUUCUGCCAAGAAAGGAACAGCAAAGAGUAAAGAUGAAAAAUAUUCUAAGAUAAUACCAGAAAAAGAUAAUUCCUACAUGGACAAAGAUGAGCAUGGUUCAUCCUCUGAAAGUGAAGAUGAAGCGCUGGGUAAAUAUCAUGAGGCCUUAUCCAGAACACACAAUUCCAGACUACCACUGGCAGAUUCUAGACAAAAGAACUAUGCUUGGGAAACAAGACAGAAAUACAGUCCUCUAUCGGCAGAGUAUGAUGGAUACAGUAGUGAAGCAUCAAUAGAUGAAGGAAACUGCAUUCAGAGAAUGAGAAGAACACCCCCGCUGGAUGAAUUGCAGCCACCACCAUAUCAGGAUGACAGUGGUUCUCCCCAUCUGUCAUGUACACCCUCAGAAAUUGGGGACAGUAAAUGUGAAUUUUCCCACUGCAGCAACAGUCCAAGAUGCUCAUAUAACAAGUGCCCAAGUGAAGGAAGCACAGGUCAUGAAAUAGAAAGUUUUCAUAAUAAAGGAUAUGAAGAAGAUGUUCCAAGUGACAGCACUGCAGUCCUGAGCCCUGAAGAUAUGUCAGCUCAAGGAUCAUCUUCGCAGCUUCCUAAACCUUUUGAUCCUGAGCCAGAAGCUAAAUAUGGCACACUGGAUGUGACUUUUGACUAUGACUCACAAGAACAGAAGCUUCUGGUAACAGUGACAGCUGUCACAGACAUCCCAACAUAUAACAGGACAGGUGGCAACUCAUGGCAAGUACACCUUGUUCUUCUACCUAUAAAGAAACAGAGAGCAAAAACCAGCAUCCAGAGAGGACCAUGCCCUGUCUUCACAGAAACAUUUAAAUUUAAUCAUGUUGAAUCUGAGAUGAUUGGAAAUUAUGCAGUUCGGUUUAGACUGUAUGGUGUACAUCGCAUGAAAAAAGAAAAGAUUGUGGGGGAAAAGAUUUUUUAUUUAACAAAAUUGAAUCUUCAAGGGAAAAUGUCAUUGCCUGUGAUAUUGGAACCUUCUUACAAUCAUUCUGGCUGUGACUCCCAAAUGAGCGUGUCAGAAAUGUCGUGUAGUGAAAGUACAUCCUCAUGUCAGUCUCUUGAACAUGGCUCAGUUCCAGAAAUUCUUAUUGGCCUGCUUUAUAAUGCCACAACUGGAAGACUAUCAGCAGAAGUGAUAAAAGGCAGCCACUUCAAAAAUUUGGCAGCAAACAGACCACCCAAUGGACUGUUCUGUUGUCUAAAACACUUGAUAGGUGGACAGGUUUAUAUAAUCCGAGAUACAUAUGUUAAGUUAACUUUACUGAAUUCCAUGGGUCAAGAGAUGUCCAAAUGCAAGACAUCCAUCCGCAGAGGGCAGCCAAAUCCAGUAUAUAAGGAAACUUUUGUUUUUCAAGUGGCCCUAUUUCAGCUUUCUGAUGUGACACUCAUACUGUCUGUGUAUAACAAACGCAGCAUGAAAAGAAAAGAGAUGAUAGGCUGGAUUUCUUUAGGUCUCAACAGCUCUGGAGAAGAAGAACUCAAUCACUGGACUGAAAUGAAAGAGUCAAAAGGACAGCAAGUAUGUAGAUGGCAUGCGUUGCUAGAGUCAUGAUGAAUAGAAUAAGCAAGCACUUACCAUCAAAGGCAGCAUAUUUCCAAUUCCAACAUUACUGUUUCUACCAAGUCACCAUUAGAAGAGCUGUUCUUUGAAGAAUCAUAUUCAACCUUCUACCAAAAUGCUUUAAGUUCUAUGGAAAGAACAUCUCAUACUGACAUAAAUGAAGAAAAUACGUGUAUCUAGUAGAGCUUGUUUAGGAAACUGAGAAACAUACAUUAUCAUUGCUAAACUAACAGUCCUCCAGAAAUUUAAUAAGAUGUUUUUGAUUUGAAGUUAAUUUUAAUUUAGCAAAAGAGCCAGUCAUUUUAUGAAAAAUCAAAAUUAUAAGUGAUUUUAAAAACCAGAAUUUUAGUUGCAAUACAAUUUUAAUAUCACCCUACAUAUUAUUUAUAAAACAUAGUUUGACUGGCCAGUCCCUGGUGUUUGUAAUGUUCUUUAAUAUGAAAAAGUAGUUCUCCAACUCUAUCAUAAGUCAUAUCUAACGGUGAAGGGUUUCAGUCACAUUGAAAAUUGUUUUAUUUCAGGCAUGUUCCCUUUGUGCACUUAGUUUCAUUGUGCCUCAGUUCCUCUCAAAAGCACUAAAUCUAAGUGCAAACAAGUAUUCAUUUUCAUACAGGAAUUUUUUUAAUAUGUUAUUUUUUUAAAAGUUCAUUUUUCAUUUGCCUCCGCUUUUGCCUGAUCCAAAGAGACCAAGUCACUGUACUGGUCCCUUGCAAGUCUUCUAGACAGGUUGUACUGUAGAACUACGUAACUUUCUGUUGAAAGCACUUCCUGUAUUCUUGUAUUCCAAUGUAGGAAGCUAAUAGAGCAGGACUUUACUUUCCAAUUUCUUUCAGUGAUUGACUCUUCAAAAUUACAGUAGUGUGAAAAUACAUUUUUUACAAACUGAAAAUACAGUAGAUAAGCUGUUGAAAAUGGAAAACAAUUCAAUUUUAAUUUUCUGCUCUGAGUAUUUAGUAACCAACACUGCGUAAAGCAGGUAGCAUUCAAAAUAAGAAACUGUUCUCUCUCUAAAUCUUCACUCUUACUUCAAUUUAUAUUUGUGAUAUGAAGACUAUCCAGUUCUCAGUUUGAAUUGGAACAUCAUGUUAAAAACAGUUAUGAGAUUCCUUAUGAAGUUUCUAGUAACUUGUGACUAGACUUUAUGAAAUUUACAGAUAAAGUUCUUCAACGUGAUGUCAUCUUGUGCCUUUCAUGUAAGUUAAAUUUGCUCAUACAGCUUGAACGUUGUAUUUGCAAAAUUAAGCCUUCGAUUUUUAUAAAUGUAAAGAUUCCUCAGAACAGUGUCGCAAGAUCUUUAUUUCCUCUGAAGUAUGUAAAAGUUGUAUAAUGUGCUAACUUUUUAAUGGCAAGGCACUUUCAUUUGUUUUUAUAUUUAGGAACUCUAAUCAGGAAUAUUAUAAGCUGUUUUCUUUUUAAUUUUGCUUCUUACCUAAUAUAUCAUUUUAUGCAUAUACUUUAUCAGAGUAUGUUUUAUAUAUAUUAAAAAUAAUUUCUUUUUUCUCCUUCUCAUUUCUAGUUAAAAUAGACAAAAACAUACUAUUUACCAGUUACUAAAAAGCAGUAUAUCAUUGCUUCUAGUCCCAAUUAAGUACUAUAUAUUAUUGUAAACUAGAACUUGUUAUUACCAUAAUAACAAAACAAUGCGUAGAUAUUACUUCAGCUUGGCUGUACUGAAAGGCCUUAAAAGAAACCCAAAAAGACCGUGAACUUCUGUAUUUUUUUAGUUUAAAAAAUGGCAGCUCUAUGCAUUCAUACACAUGAAUUAUAAGAAAAAAUACAAAUGCUAUAUUGGAUGACAUGAGGUUUGAGAAUGUGUGUUACAGGGCUGCAUUAAAGGGAAAAAUCCAUCUUUUAUUGUUAUAUCAAUGAGCUUUUUCCAGGAUUUUUCAAAUAAACAAGUAAGAGUUAGAACCUGAAUCAAAUGGCAAAAUAUCUCAUUUAAGUGUUUUCAGCAACAGUAUGAAAAAAGACUUGAAGAGGGGAUGUAGAUUUUACUGAGAAAUUGGACUUAGGCAUUUGAAGCUAUAAUGAUCUUUUUAGACUUUGAAACAACUGACUGCAUUGCUAACAACUGUUAUCUUCCUAAUAAAAAGAGUUAUCAGUCUUAUCUGUAACUGUAACAGAGCUUAGUGAAACACAUUAGUAAGACCAGCUUGGUGCUUUCACUCUUAGUGAGAAAAAGACCUAACUAAUUGUUAUUUGUUAAAUCUACCUUUUUUCAGACUAUUCCCAGAAUUGUGUGUGUGAGAUUUGAUACAUCCCUAGGGAUUUAUCUGGCAUAAGUAUCAAAUCCUUCAUGGCUUAAAAAUUAAUAAACAGUUUUUUAAUAUUUCUGGAAAGACCCUACCUCCACCCCAGCUGCCAAGUCCUCAAAGAUUAUAAAUUAUCUAUAUGAGUGUAUGUAUCUGUAUACACACAUGCACCAUUACACAUACAACAUAAAUAUGUAUAUGUAUAUUCAUUUGUAAAGGCAAAGGUGCCCUGGCUUUUUCAGAUAACUGAAUAGAAAAACAUUUCAUACAUUUAGGAUUAUUUUUCUCCUCUAUGUAUUUACUAGAUAUUAUAUUUGGUUUGGGUUGCUUUCUGCUGCUGUUCUCCUUCACACACAGCGAAAUAUACAUUUGUUUCUGUAGAUUGACACAACUUAUAGUAAUUACUCCCAAAAAGUUGUCUGUUCUUUUAGAAAAGGAUUAAAUAAGGCUCAGGGGACCCACUUCACUCUACUGAAUCUAAUGUACGAGACAGUACUACUGCUUUUUUGUGUGCUUGAAUUUGCAUGAAAGCUUAAUAGCAAAAUCUUCUAUCUCAGUAAUUAUAGCAAAUAGGGACCCACUGGUAGGGAGCAGGUGUUGGCUCAGAAACCUGAAAAAGACAACCCACUUUCAUAUAGUUCUAUUAAAAUCCCCUAAGUUUUCUAAUAAAAUGAUAUAGUCCAAAUAUGGCAAUCGACUGGCAUUUAUGGGAGCCUCUAAACCUGGAAUUAUGGGGUUUAUUUUUCUCCCAAAUGAGCUGCAAAAGAUAAUUAUUGCUGCCCAGUAAACAAAAUGUAUGUCAAAUCAGUAAAGAAUUUGUUUAGCAUAGUAUUGCCUUAUCUUUCAGAAGCUUUCUUCUAUAUUCUUGUGUCUUCAGUACAAUCCACUUUUGUUUGAAAUCCAUUUGCAUAUUAUCUUACUGUGCAUUUAGUGAAUUCUCAAUAAUGUUGUAUUUGCUGACAAGAAUAAUAAAUUGGACCACAAUUUAAAAAAAAGAAAACCCAAUGAGAAAAUAACUACCUGAUUAAUAUACACAUGUUUAAAUGUAGGGCCUGGUAAAGCAGUUUUAUCCAACCUAGUGAAGAUGCCCAGGGCUGUUUGUUAAAUCAUUUGCUUGAUACCAUCAUCAUUUUCAUUUCACUUAUCAAGUGAAUCAGAAGCAUAAUCAAUAACUGCAAAGUAAGAUAGUACCAAUAGGAGAAAGAGGUAAAAGAAUUGAGAGUGUUUGUCAAUAUGAAGAUGUGUGGGGAUACUGAAUGAUAUCAUAGUCUUUCCAGUGAAAGAAAAAAUAGGCUAUGGGAAGAUGUAAAUUUUUGAUGGAGUAAGAACAGUGGUCACCACCAAAUAUUUUUCAAGAUCCCUCUCCAGCUAUGAAUAGAAAGGACACAAAUUCAUUUGCGUAAAAUUGCCAUUUGCCUACAUAGACUAGACAAUUCACAGAUUUUUCACAAAGACAGUUAUUAUAUAUAUAGUUAUUUGAGUUAUCACUAUAUUAUUUCACAUUGAUAGUUUUUAUUUCUAAUUUUGUUUCCAUUCACUGUCCCCAGUUCAUCUGUGGCCUACAUUGAAGGUAGCUGUCAGUAUUAUUAUUGCCAACCAUAUUUAAUAUUGAAUACAAGUUUAAGCAUGCUGCAAAGCAUUUUCUAACGUUAAUUUUAAAACAUUGUCUCUGCCCUCCAAAGUGAUGGUUAGCAGCUAUAAUUUACUAAGAUCUAGCACAAUAAUUUAUUACUUGCUUGAUUCUCAAAACAAUACUGUGAGGUAAGUAAUGUUAUCAACAUUUUAUUGAUAAAGAAACUGCAGCAUGAAGAGGUUAAGCAGACUUUCCCAAGGUCAUUCAGUAAGUAAGUAGUAGAACUGGGAUUGGAACCCAGGUGUAAAUUACUCUAAAACCCAUGCUAUGCAUGUUGCAUUUGCCUCCCUGUUUGAAAAAAAAAAACUACUUAGGACAUUAUAUUUAUCAAUAAUCCCACUCACCUUGAUUGAAUGGCAGAACUAAGGGGGAGAAAACAGCUGGGGAAAGAGAAAAGACUAGAAAAGAAGAUCAUAAAUUUUUUUUCUUCUCGGGACACAAAUGGUGGUACUUUUGUGUCAUUUUGUAGUUGACUUUGAUUUGCAAAGAUUUGGAAUUGAUUUAUUCUACCAGUUUAGCCUAUACUUAUAUUCCAAAAGCAUAUUAAUCAGUUCUGCUCCUUGACCACUUUUGGGAAUCCAAGGUGUUUUAACUGUUACAUGACCCCCUUACUACUCUAUGAAGGGCAUAACCUGUGUCUAGCCCAUAUCUCACUCAUAUCAGUGGUGAGACAAAAGAUUUGUCUUCCUCUGUCCUCUCAUUGCAAUUUAUUUAUGUUUUAUUCUCAAUUUUAUUAAGAUUUGUCAGGAAUUACAGCUAGUUUUUUAUUACAUAUGUCUCUCUUCCCCCUAGGUAAGUAGUCAAUGCCUUGUUAGUAUCUUUCUGUGCCCCUUUGCUUAUAGUAGGCAGACAGUAAAUAUUGAAUUGAACUAAAUUCCCUGUGGAAGAAGCCAGUCACACUAUUACAUGAGUCUUAGUUUUUAUGAAUCUUGUGUUAUGCAUGGAUUUAUUUAUUCCUUCAGUUAAUAUAUAUUUAAGAGUACUAGAUAUGUGCCAUGUGUUGUUGUUCCAAGUGCUACAGAUGCAGAGAUAAUAAAUUGGUCGAAGUCUUUGCCCUCAUGGGGCCUACAUUCUAAGGUAGGAAGAUGGCCACAGAAUGGGAUAAUUUCAGUCUAGUAUAAUGAAGCAUUAAGAUAGGGGCAUGCAUAGAGUACCGUGGGAUUUAGUAGAAGAGUGCAACAUGGAAUUCAAAAAAAUCUUCCUGGAAAAGAUAAUCCCUGAGUUGGGUCUUAAAGAACAAAUACACGUUAGACUCCCAUCAAACUUGAGGACACACGUUCUUUCCAAGAACAAAAUGUAAAAUAAUGGUUUCUAAACUGUAGUAUCCUUAAGAAUUAUUUUGAAAAUUUAACUUGGGCCAGGUGUGGUGGCUUACGCCUGUAAUCCCAACACUUUGGGAGGCUGAGGUAGGUGGAUUACUUGAGCUCAGGAGUUUAAGACCAGCCUGGGCAACAUAGCAAAACCCCAUCUCUACCAAAAAUUUAAAAAUUAGCUGAGCGUGGUGGUGCAUGCCUGUGGUCCCAGCUACUCAGGAGGCUUAGGUGGGAGAAUCGCUGGAGCCUGGCAAGUCAAGGCUUCAGUGAGCCAAGAUAGCGCCACUGCACUUCAGCCUGGGUGACAGAGCAAGACCUUGUAGAAAGGAAGGAAGAAAGGAGGGAGAGAGAGAGGAAGGGAGGAGGAGAAGGGAAGGAAGGAGGAGACGGGAAAGAAUGAAGGAGAAGGGAAAGAAGGGAGGAAAAUUUAACUUGUAUUCCAAAACUCCACCUCCAGAGAUUCUACUUCAUUUGGCCUGGGAGGGAGCCCAAUAAUCUACAUUUUAUUAAGCUCUCCAGGAAAUUCUGUCUGAGAUCUAUUGAUAUAGAACAUUAAGUGUAUUACAUAGUAUUAUUCAUGAAAUGUUUCAGUGCCUGUAGAUCACACCUUUAAGUGUGAUAGUGAUAGUAAUAGAGAGAUUAAGACUAGGAUUAAUGUUAUUCAUCUUUUUCUUGUGCUUCCUUAAAAAGGAAGAUAUUUAAUGAAAAAAAUUAAUAUUUAAUCAUGAGUUUCUGUACAUUCACAUUCAACAUACAUUUUUCAAAGUGUUUCUUGGUAUAAUAAAUAUGUUGAUUUUAUGGCUUCCAAAAAUUCCUUUCUAUCACUGUUCAAAUAUUUCCUUCUAAGUUAUCUUUACAAUGAUGGAUAUAAAGUGAAGAAUGGGGAGGUAUUUAUCAAGUAAUUUCUUUAUCAGUAUCCUAAAUGAAAUAAGACUGACCUUUGAGCAAAUGUACAGUAGCAGCCAUAGGUGCUGGCAUUUUUGCAUUCUUGCAUACAGUAAGAUUUCUUGCUUCCCUUUAUCAUCAUCUAAAUGGCUUCAUUGUCAUCACACUCAUCAGUUGAAAGGCAGUACUGGAUUCUUCUCUAAAAGCAGUGAUUCUGUGACUGCUGCUCUAAACUCUAGUUCCUUGAUUGUUUUGUUCUUAGGAUCCUUUGUUUCAAAUAGCAAGUUAAUACAGCAGCCUCAGGACCUUCUCUUUCUCUCAGAAUAAAUGCUGUGGAUAAGGUACAUCUGAGUUUCCAUUUCCCCUCAUUUCACAUAUAGCCAUAUUUUCUUCUCUGAUGUAAUAUUUUGUAUUAACACAUUUUACAUUUUGAAGUUUUCUUUUCCCCCACAAAGAUAUGUGGUAUCCCACUUAAAAAUGAGCUUAUUUGAAUAUGUGAAAUAAUGUUGUCAUUGAAUUAGGCUGUUUUGUGACUGCUGAUGCAUCACUGUGUUUGAUUUGGUGAUAGCUUGAGGUCUGGUUAAUAUAAUCUUAAGGUAAUCAGCUUGAUAGACUGGAAUUACUAGUUUAUUAUCAAAAAAGGAGUGUAAAAAUAUUGCUCUUUUCUCUCCCUGUUUAGACUAGUAUGUGCCUUUUAAAAAAUACUCCCUUUCUUCUUCCCUGCCUUUUUUCCCCACUCUUAUUCAUAUACACUCAAACUAGAUACCAGAGUUAGUUCAUCAAAGCUGAAUAAUACCUAUCAAAAAGUGAUACCCUGACUUUUUUCUUUUAAUCACCUGUACUGGACCAUAGGGAGGACCACAUAGGCUUUCUUGGGGACUACAGAAAGAGCAAAGCGUAAUACUCUUUAAUCAUAGCAUGUUUGUUGUUGCUGUUUCAGUGGUGGUGGUGGUGGUGGUUGUGUACUUACCUUGAAUAGUGUGAAGUAUCCUAAAAUUAUGUUGUGUGGGCUGGGAGCAGGAAGGAAACUGAUUAUUUGUCUAACAAAGGUUUGGCAUAAUUUUAUUGUAAAAUUUCAACUGUUUAUGACAUGAAAAUUUCUAAUUAUAAGAACAAAGUCACUGUGGUGGCAAUAGUUGUACAAGAUGUUUGACAUUAUUUCUAUGUCAGUUUGAUAGUCUGUGUUAUAAAUUGUCUUAUUAGGACCCUUCUUCACCCUCUUCUUUAUUAUUCUGAUUAUCAGUAAAUCCAGUUUGUGCUGUUAGACAUUUGAGUUUGUCUUUUAAAUAUUCAAGACUAUUUUAAAAAGAAAAACCAUAACAUCUUUCUGUUUAUUACAUUAACAUGUGAUCUCUCACCUGACGAUGUGUUUAAAAUGAAUUGAUAGAUAAAAUAUUAUACUCCGUUAUAUACUGAAAAAAAUUUUCAAACUUUGUUUAUAUAUUCAGAUAUUGCUAGCAGUUCAUAUUAAAUAUGACUAUUUUGUUUAAUGAGAAAAUAGGAAUUUUUCCCUUAUCUCUGAGACUUACUGCUUCUCUUUGCCAUUCACAUCUGGUUGAAGGUGGAUGGUUUUGAACCUCGUAACAUCACUUCACUUGUCAGUUUCUGAGCGUGCCAACCUCCUUCUGAUGGUUUAAUUUUCAGUAACAAUCAAACCAUUUAUUCCUCAGGAGUUGGUCCUCGUAGUGAUUCCUGUCCUUAACCCCCAUUAGUGUUGAUGGAAGUAAUCCAUAAGCACCAAUAGGAGAAAAGGCCCAUAAA